CCUCUCUCGCCCUAGAGCUGGGCCUGCACACUAUAUACACCAUUUAUUUUGCUAAUAGCAAACAAAGGGAUAACAAAGACUCACAUUUCAACACCAAACCUUUUCUACCAUAUCAAAAAAUGGCCGGAACAGCAAGCCACUGGCGGAGAGAGGCCGUGUUUUUGACGACGAUGCUGGCGAUAGAAACCACUGGCAUCGGAAUAAGCACACUGUUUAAAGUAGCAACUUCAAAGGGACUCAACAUUUACCCUUUCAUCGGCUAUUCUUAUAUUCUUGGUUCUCUUCUCCUUCUUCCUUCUCUAUUUUUCACCAACAGGUCAAGAACACUUCCUCCACUAAGUCUCUCAAUACUCUGUAAGAUUGGACUUCAGGGAUUUCUAGGAUCAAUAUAUGUGAUUACAGGAUACGUAGGCAUAAAAUACAGCAACCCAACCUUAGGUUCCGCCAUGGGCAAUAUCAGUCCUGCUCUUACCUUCAUCCUCGCCGUUAUCUUCAGGAUGGAAAAAAUAUCAUUUAAAGAAAAGAGCUGUGUAGCCAAAGUGAUGGGGACGAUCUUGUCAGUGAUGGGCGCACUUGUGGUGAUUUUCUACCACGGUCCACGCAUUUUUGUUGCAUCUUCUCCGCCGUAUGUAAACUUCCGUCAGCUUUCUCCACCGUUGUUUUCAUCUUCAAACUCUGAUUGGCUCAUCGGAGGAGCUGUUCUAACCAUACAAGUCAUCUUCGUUUCUGUUUGUUACAUUCUACAGGCACACAUAAUGAGUGAAUAUCCAGCAGCAUUCACAGUCUCCUUUCUUUACACUAUAUGUGUUUCAGUCAUUACCACAACGAUUGGACUAGUAGUCGAAAGGAACAAUCCAAGCGUUUGGAUCCUUCAAUUCGAUAUUACUUUGGUCACAAUUGUAGCUGUGGCAACAAUAACUUCGGUAUCCUAUGUGAUUCAUUCAUGGAUAAUACAAUACAAAGGACCUGUGUACCUUGCCAUAUUUAAACCUUUGUCUAUUCUAAUAGCAGUGGUUAUGGGCGUGAUUUUUCUCAACGAUUCUCUCUAUCUUGGAUGUUUGCUUGGAGGAAUUUUGAUAACGUUAGGCUUUUACGCUGUAAUGUGGGGCAAAGCAAACGAAGAGAAGGAUCAGUUGUUAUCAUCUUCAGUAAAAGAGAAAAUCCCUCUUCUACUGAACCGCAAGAACGACCAAGUUUAAAAUAAGUCAUAUGUUUGUAGGUAUGUUACAUACCGUAUGUAGAAGGAUCUCUAAGAUCCAUAAGAUAAUAUGAAGAUAUUGUGAUGUUUAUUUUAUAGAUACAUAGCCGGAAAAUGACACAUGCACGCGGCCGUUGAAUAUAUAUGUUUGUGAAAAGUUUGUUUGUCCUGAUGGUAAAAACAGUGUAUAAAUGACACAACACUGAUUUUCUUCUUU